CUGUGUUGACGUUGGUCAAAACAGAGAGCUAUUAACAAAAUACUGCGUCAAGCAAACCACAAACUGUCUCGCAAUCCGUACAAGAAUAAACUGCUCUCAUCAUGGGAGGAGCAGUUAGUGCCGGGGAAGACAACAAUCAUUUAAUUGACAACUUGAAAGAAGCUGAGUACAUCAAAACCAGAGAUGUUGAAGAGGUAUUCAGAGCUGUAGAUAGGGCAGAUUACUAUAUAGAUGGCCACAAAGACACAGCUUAUAAAGAUCUAGCUUGGAAACAUGGGAAUAUACAUCUUUCAGCACCAUGUAUUUAUUCUGAGGUUAUGGAAUCUUUACAGUUGAAGCCUGGAAUGUCAUUUCUUAAUCUUGGUAGUGGUACAGGUUAUUUGAGUACAAUGGCAGGUCUUAUUUUAGGAGCAAAUGGAAUUAACCAUGGUGUAGAAAUUCACCAUGAUGUCAUUGAGUAUGCCAAUGAUAGAUUACAUGAGUUUAUACAAAACUCAACACAUUUUGAUAAAUUUCAAUUCUGUGAACCAAAGUAUGUUCUAGGAAACUGUUUGAAUGUAAUUCCUGGAAGUCGCUGCUAUGACAGAGUAUACUGUGGUGCUGCAUGCCCACAAGAACAUGAGAAGUAUAUGGGAAAUUUACUCAAAGUUGGAGGCAUACUAGUAAUGCCAAUGGAAGAUCAGCUUCAACAGAUAACAAGAACAGGACAGAGUACAUGGGAGGUGAAAAAUGUUCUGCCUGUCUCCUUUGCACCCCUUGUAUUACCCUCUAAAGCUGAUGGGGAUCAUUUAACAAGUAUUGAUCUACCAUCGGUUGAUCCAAGAAAUUUGCAAGAUUUGUGCCGUUUAUGCAUCAGACUUAUUUUACGUGAAAUCGUAAAUAAAGAGCAUCCACCAAUGGAGCGAGAGAAAAAACCUAAACCUCGAGUAAACAGACCACGUAUACGGAGCCGCAUCACCAUAAGUAGUGUUAAUAACAUGUUGGAAUUGGCCAGCGAGAUUAUGAAUGAGUUGAAUGAAAACGAUGAAGAAGAAGGGGCUGAACAGGAGAGAGAAGAGUCAGAUGAUGAUGAUGACAUAGAGGACAACAAGAACACUAAAAAAGAUGAGACAAAGGGGGAAGACGGUAAGACAAAUGACACAGAAAAAAACAAUGAGAAUGAUGAGACAAUAACAGAAGAAUUGGCAGAAUGCCAAAUAUCAAAAGGAAGGAAGCGAGCCCAUGAGAAUGGAUCACAGGAUGAAAAUGGUAGCAAGAAAGUAUCAGAAGAAAAACUGUUGAAAAUCGAUGAGCAGCCCGCCGUUAAUCACUUACAUGCAUUCAGUGAGAACAUAGAGUUAGUGGAGGAAGAUUUGAAAGAUCCAGAGGAGUCUGUGAAAGCAGGAAACAAUCAUCAGAAAACAAAUAACUUUGUGAGAAAAGAUAUAGAUGAAAACAUGAUGGAUGAGGAAGAAAAAACUCAUGACAGUGACAGCGAAUCAAAUUCAUCAGUUUUGUCAUCGUCAAGUUCAAGUCAAGAUUCAUUUGAAAAAAUUCGUUUACGUCUUUCCAGAGAGCUAUAUCCAUCGGAACCUAAAUCUGAGGAAAAAAAAGAAAUGAGCAAAAGUGAUGAAGAACCAAAUUACCUUAGAGAGAAAAUAAGGUUGUUACCUCUGCCGUUACCACUGAUUGAGUACUUGCUGUACUACAGGAAGCAUUGAUGUAUACAAGAUCCUGAACUGCUUAUAACUAUGGAGGCUGUUGCCAUAUAUGUAUUUGCAUUCUCCACAAGAUGUGUUUCAUGUAAAGACAAAAAGCAUCCUAACCAGUCAUCUGUUACAUGAUAUGUUAUCACAGUGCAUUUACGCAAGCACAUACGCACUUCUAGUACAGCACUUUUCUUGCUGCCAUCUACACCCACGGUACCGUAAUUUCAUGCUGCCUAUAUAACCGAUGGAGUAAAAUAUGUAACCUGCAAAGUGUUAAUAGAUUCCCCAACCUUUUAUAAUUAAUAAUAAGCAUUUACACAAUUUUGUCAAAAACUUAAAUUGUGGCCAUUCUUGACGCAACACCAUGUGAUUUUAUGAUAUCC